AUGGCCCCCUCCCUCUGCACCCUCCUGCUGCUUGCCCUCCACUCAGGUGCCUGGGCGCAGCCCCCCAAGGAGGCAUCGCCCUCCUGUGGCCAGGACGUGGCCAUCCGCAGUGGCACAUUCGCCCUGUCGGACGGGUACCGCCCGGGCAGUGUGCUCACCUACUCCUGCCCCCCGGGCUUCUACCCCUACCCGCUGGGCAGCCGCCUCUGCCAGGACAACGGGCGCUGGACCCCGCUCCACACCCCCACCGGCUCCGUCUUCCCCAGGGCGCUCUGCAGAGAGAUCCGCUGCCCGGCACAACUGGCAUUUGAGAACGGCUCGUUCCAGCCGCGCCGGGCGUCCUACCCCGUGGGCAGCGUCCUGACCUUUGAGUGCCUGGACGGGUACACGCUGCGGGGGCCGGCUCAGCGCGUCUGCCAGGGCAACGGGCACUGGGACGGGGGUACUCCCGCCUGCGACGAUGGAGCUGAGCACUGCCCCAACCCCGGGGUGCCGCCCGGGACGAUGAAGAGCGGCAGCCGGUACCGGCUGGGCGAGCGGGUCUCCUACCGCUGCCAGGUGGGGCUGUCUCUGGUGGGCUCUGCGCAGCGCGUCUGCACCGAGGCCGGGGAGUGGUCGGGGGCCGAGCCCAGCUGCCGAGCCCCUUUCUCCUACGACCGGGUGGAGGACGUCGGGUCCCAGUUCGGAGCCUCUUUCUCCAACGUCUUGGGCCUGGCCAGCUCCUCAGCCUCCUCCAGCCUCAACGCCUCCAUCAUAAAGCCACAAACGUUCCUGGGCCGCAGGCUCAUUCUUAGCGACGACAGCUUCAUUAACAUCUACCUGCUGGUGGACUCCUCCAAGAGCGUCAACAAUGAAAGCUUCCAGAUCUUCAAGGAGUGGGUGGGGAACAUUGUGGACCGGAUUGCCAGCUUUGAAGUAGCAUCCAGCUUUGCUGUGAUCUCCUACGCCACCAAGCCCAAGAAAAUUGUUUCCAUUUAUGAUCCCGAAGCUUCUGUUGCGGAUGACGUUAUUGAAAAGACAAAGACAGGGAUGAAUUUUCAAGAUCAUGGCAACGGGACUGGGACGAACAUCCGAGCAGCACUGCUGGAGGUGUAUCACAUGAUCCUGUUCCAAAAGGAGUCCUUCGUCCGGGCGGGCAAGCCGGAUGCAUGGAAGAAAAUCCGGCAUGCCAUCAUUGUGCUGACAGAUGGCAAAUACAACAUGGGAGGAUCCCCCAAGGAUGCAGUAGCCAAGAUAGAAGAUGUCCUAGAGAUCAAGCCAGACAGGAAAGACUACCUAGAUAUCUAUGCCUUUGGGAUUGGGACACUGGAGGUGGACUGGGAUGGCCUUAAUGAGAUUGCUUCCAAGAAGGAAGGGGAGAGACAUGCUUUCAAGAUGGACUCCAGCCAGAAUCUCAAGGCUGCAUUCGAGGAUGUCCUGGACCCCAAAAAUAUCCACGAUCUCUGCGGGCUAGGGAACGAUUCGCAGAGUGCCACGCACCAGCAGCAGAACCCCUGGCAUGUGGUCAUCAAGGGGACAACAGGCGCAUCGUGCCGGGGGUCCCUGGUUUCUGACUCAUGGGUCCUGACAGCCGCACACUGCUUCAACCAGGUGACAGACACGUCCCUCUGGAGAGUGCAAGUGGGGCCGACGGAGAUCCCCUUCCAGAGCAGGAUCGACCACCCCAGGUACGACGUCACGGCCAAGGCCAGCCAGGGCAUCCCCGAAUACUACGACUACGACGUGUCGCUGAUCAAACUGCAGCAGGCCGUGCAGUUCUCUGGGCGAGUCAGACCCAUCUGCCUGCCCUGCACGAAGCGAGCGAACCGAGCUCUGAAGAAGCCCCAGCGGGCAACGUGCAAAGAUCAUGAGCUGGAGCUGCUGGGCCUGGAGCAGGUCCCCGCCCACUUUGUCUCCCUGGCCAACAAGAGGUUAAACGUGCAAAUCAAGACCAACAAGUCGCGCCCUUCGUGCAUUGCUGGCGCCAUCCAGCCUGGCAUGAUCUACGCCAACGUGUCGGACGUGUCCCGGGUGGUGACCGACCGGUUCCUCUGCUCCGGGCAGGAGGCCAGCGGCGGCUCGGAGGAGGCGUCUACCUGCAAAGGUGAAUCUGGCGGGGGCUUGUUCCUGGAGAAGAAGAGGAGAUAUUUCCAGGUGGGCGUGGUGAGCUGGGGCACCUACAACCCAUGCCCCCUGAAGCCGAGGCCAGAUUACGAGGGGGAGAGGAGACGAGCCCCCCCGGGCCACGUCCCCCGCGACUUCUACGUCAGCCUCUUCCGGGUGCAGGACUGGCUGCGCCAGCACCUCGGGGGCCCGGACGGAGAGACCUUUAUCCCGGCAGUGCCCCCAGACGGGCCACCCCCCCGGCGCUGCGAGCUUCCCCAGGGCAGUGCCUGUCCCGGCACGGAGUCCCCAGCCCCGCCCGCGGGCAGCCGGGCUCGGCCAGACCCGGCUCGGCUCAGCCCCGGACGGACGCGCCGAGCGAUGGGACCCGCAGCCCCGCUGCUCGCCUGGCUCCUGGCGCUGAGCCUCGGUGCGGCUGCCAGCGACACCCCGAGCUGUGACCCCCAGGCGGCGCUGAUCGUGGGGGGCUCGGCCCGGGUGCAGCGCCAGGGGCAGAUGCUGGUGUACCAGUGCCCCGCGGGGCAGUUCCCGUACCCCACCCCCAUCCGGGAGUGCCGUUCCAACAGCCAGUGGAGCCCCCUGCGCGCCCCCAGCGGCCGCCCCCUCGCCAAGGCCGAGUGCAGAGCGAUCCAGUGCCCGGGCCCGCUGGAGUUCGACAACGGGCACUUCCACCCCCGCCAGCCACGCUACAACAUCAGCCAGACGCUGACCUUCGAGUGCUUCGAGGGGUACACGCUGCGCGGCCCCCACAACCGCACCUGCCUGCCCAACGGGAAGUGGAGCGGGGGGACGGCCAUCUGCGACGACGGAGAGGGCCAGUGCCCGGACCCUGGCGUCCCCAUCGGGGCGACGAAGGACGGGCAGCUCUACCGGGUGGAGGAUCGGGUCCGGUACCGGUGUGGCCGGGGGCUCGUCAUGUUCGGAUCCAAAGAACGGACCUGCCAGGAGUCCGGCGCCUGGAGUGGGACACAACCGGAGUGUCGAGACCCGUCCACCUACGACACCCCCGAGGAAGUGUCCUCCGCAUUCAUCGCCUCGCUCUCGGAGACCGUGGAGGUGGCUGAUCCGAACCGGACCACCUCGGAGAACGUGAAGCGGAAGAUCGUGAUCGAGGCCGGCGGGUCCAUGAACAUUUACCUGGUGCUCGACGCCUCGGACAGCGUGGGGGAGGGGAACUUCUCCCGCGCCCGCGACGUCCUGGUCCAGCUCAUCGAGAAGAUCUCCAGCUACGGGGUCUUUCCCCGCUACGGGGUCCUGACCUUCGCCACCGACCCCCACGUCGUGGUGAGCACCGUGAAAGCCGAGAGCAGCGACGCCGACUGGGUCAGCACCAAGCUGGGGGACCUGAAAUACGAGAGCCACUCACUGCGCAGCGGCACCAACACCAAGGCCGCGCUGGAGGCCGUGCACAACAUGCCCCUGUACCCCCAAACGCUGGAACCCCCAAACCUCAACUCCACCCGCCACGUGCUGGUCCUCAUGACCGAUGGGAACACCAACAUGGGGGGCUCCCCGAUGCCGGUGGUGAGGCAGAUCCGGGAGCUCCUGAGCAUCGGCCGGGACAUCCGCAACCCCCGCGAGGAUUACCUGGAUAUCUACGUGUUCGGGAUCGGGGCCAUGGUGAACGCCGAGAACAUCGCCGAGUUGGCCUCCAAGAAGAGUGGCGAGAAACACGUCUUCCAUAUGCAGGACAUCAGGGACCUGCAGAAGGCCUUCCACGACAUGAUCGACGAGAGCGAGACGCUGAGCAUGUGCGGCCUGGGCUGGGCGCACGAGGAGGCCGACGACUACCAGAGAAACCCCUGGCACGUCAGCAUCAAAAUCGCCCGCCCUGGGAAGGGGCUGGAGUCCUGCAAGGGGGCCCUGAUCUCCGAGUACUUCGUGCUCACGGCCGCCCACUGCUUCAACAUCGACGACCAGGCCCACUGGAUCACCGUGGACGUGGGGAAGUCGAGCUCGGCGAACCGGGUGGAGAGGCUCUGGAGUCACCCCCAGUACAACAUCGGGAAGCUCCGGGGCGCCGGGAUCCCCGAGUUCUACGACUACGACGUGGCCCUGGUCAAACUCACCACCAAGGUCAAGUUCUCCUUCAACGCCCGCUUGCUCAGCGGGUGCCCCUCACUCCCGAGUCUCUGGCCCGCAGAGCGGCUGCUGCUGACGGUGGGCGAGGUCCCGGCGCUUUUCGUGCACGAGGGGAAGAAGAAGCUGGAGCGGAAACACGUGAACAUCAAGAACGGGGUGAAGAAAUCAGCCUGCGAGGCCGACGCAAAGAAGGCCCCGAUUUACGCCAACGUGACGGACGUGAAGCAGGUGGUGACGCCCCGAUUCCUUUGCACCGGGGGAAUCGACCCCGUCGUGGACCCCAACACCUGCAAGGGCGACUCCGGGGGGCCCCUCAUCAUCGCCAAGGGCAAACGCUACAUCCAGGUGGGCGUGAUCAGCUGGGGCGUGUUCGACGUCUGCAAGGCCCCCAGCCGCAGGGCCCCGGCCCACGCCCGCGACUUCCACCUCAAUCUCUUCACCGUGCUGCCCUGGCUGCGGGACAAGCUGGCCGAGGAGGAGCUGGGCUUCAUUUGAGGGGGGCCGGGGGGACCCCAACCUGCCCCCAGCCCCCCCACCGCCCUGUAAAUAAAGGUUCAAUUCCCAGCCCUGCUGCACUGCGCGGCUGGGAGGCCGGUGAAAAGAGAGAACUCGUCUUGUGACUGGGGGGCUGGGCGGGGGCAGCAGGGGGCUCUGCCCGGGCAGUCAGGG